AUGUUCUUUAGUCCUAACACUCCUAUGCCUUUUCGCACUCAGCUGCAUGCCAUAUUGGGAGUCAAUACUAUGAUGGACCCGGGGAAGUAUCUGGGUCUCUCAACCAUGUGGGGUAGAUUAAAAAAGGAUGCCAUGUGUUUCGUGAAAGAUAGAAUUCUGAGCAAAGUGCAAGGGUGGCGUCAGAGCCUCCUUUCUCAGGAUGGCAGGGAAGUGUUAAUUAAAUCAGUGGCGCAAGCUAUCCCUAUGUAUCAUAUGGCAGGGCAAAUAGGAGAUCCUAGGAAGAUUUCACUAGAUAAGCUGGAAGGAGCUAGGAGUGUCAAAAGAGUAAGUGGGAAUGGGCUUUCGCAACCUACAUGA